GUUUUACACUAUCCUCUCGCUUAACACUAUAAAGAAGGAUUCAAUAGAAUUAAGAAAAUGUCGAAUAUAUAUCAUCUUCUAUACAUUGUUUUUUGAUAUUUUUUUUUUACAAUUACCUUAUGUGGGGUUUCCCUGGCUUAUCAUUAUGAAUAACAAGCUUAGGCAUUUAUUAACAGCUUUCUUCAAUUGUAUUUAUGAAAAGAAGAAUAAGGCAAUUGACAAACAAACACAUAAAUAUAGGAUUUCAAUAAUUUGUCUCCAAGAUACUGUUGUAUAUUCAUUAUUAUUACACAUCCUAUUUGCUGCUCCACAUUUUUUUUUUACAGUGAAAAAGGGCAUUUUUUUCUUUUAUAUAUACAUUUUUACAGUGUUUGUAUUUAAGGACCCUCAGAAUAUCAUUUGAAAUAGUGUUAGUAGCUAUACUCUAUUGAGG